ACUGCAGAAACGGUUGUUUAAUGCCGAACGCGAACGCGGAGGUUUGAACAGCUGACUACAGAGCAGCAACAAUCGAACGGUUUACAGUGUUUUAUUAUUGCGUUUCAUAGUGCAAUUCGAACAGAAAACUAUUGAAACAAAGUUAAAGUGAUUGUGUAAAGUGGAACUUAUGCAAGUAACAUAGCGCGAGGAGUUCUUAAAUUAAACUAUCUCUGCGGGAAUAAGAAAACAGUGUCGUGUUAACGUGUCAAUAAUUUGCGCGCUAAAGUAUAAACAAAAACGAAAAACAGUUGCAACUAACGAUAUUCGGUGACAAGCAAUAUUCGCCAAGACUCAAACAUAAUUUACCACAAAUUGUCAAUAUUUGCAAGUUAGUUGCAAGGGAGACCGUGAAACGGUAAAUCGAAAAUACAGUAAAACUAAGAAAGCAUAUAAAAGAACUGUGCGCACAUAUACACAAAUACAUACUUGUAUUGUAAGCAGCGUUUUGCAUAAGCUUAGCUUAUGAGCACAAAAGACUAAAGCAACGAACUCGGUUAGCUGUGUGUUGCUUGUAGCAAACAGACUUACAAACAUAAACGCCAGUUUCAAAUCUUUAUCGACAGCUCAACGCACAAAAGCCAAAAAGUGGGUGAUGCCUUGAAAGAAGCGCUUUGGCCGAAAAAGACAUACAAAAAAUAUAAGGAACCAAUAACAACAUUGCGCAGCGAUUUCCUUUUCCUUUGUCAAGCAACAAGAACAUACGACCGAAACUGGAUCGUGCAGAAUUGAUCAGAAACGUGCAGACAGAGGCUUACCACUAACAAAGCAAUAACAAGUGUGGCAUAAUAACAACAAAUGCACUAAGUGCAUUAGAGUGCAACAUUAGUUUUUACUUUCAAAAGCAAGCUAAAACCAACGCAAAAACAAAAAGAAUUAACUCGUCUAUAACAACAACAAGCCGUAAAUAUGUCAACCGGCCGUUGCGAUUGUCUGGUCAGCGUGCCAACCGGUCCCACAUUAGCAUCCACUUGUGGCGGCAGCGCGUUCAUGCUCUUCAUGGGUCUGCUAGAGGUGUUCAUACGCUCGCAAUGUGAUCUCGAGGAUCCCUGUGGCCGUGCCACGCCAAGGUUUCGUUCGGAGCCCGAUUAUGACUACGAUUUUAUUGUGAUUGGUGGCGGCUCGGCUGGUGCGGUUGCUGCCGCGCGUCUCUCGGAGGUACCCCAAUGGAAAGUGUUGCUCAUCGAGGCAGGUGGCGAUGAACCGGUUGGUACGCAAAUACCUUCGAUGGUCCCGAAUUUCUUUGGCAGUAGUAUUGAUUGGGCGUACACUACCGAGCCAGAAAGUAGUGCUUGUUUAAACUCAGAAGGACGGCGUUGUACUUGGCCGCGUGGCAAAGUUUUGGGUGGCACAUCGGUACUAAAUGGCAUGAUGUACAUACGUGGCAAUCCCGAGGAUUAUGAUAACUGGGCUGCAUUGGGCAAUCCCGGUUGGUCAUUUGAGGAGGUACUGCCGUUCUUUAUGAAAUCAGAGGACAAUUUACAAUUGGACCAGGUGGAUCAGAGCUUGCAUGCGAAGGGUGGACCGCUACCAGUUUCACAUUUCCCUUACAAUCCACCUUUGUCGUAUGCAAUAUUGAAGGGCGGCGAGGAGUUGGGCUACACGGUGCAGGACUUAAACGGUCGCAACUCCACCGGUUUUAUGAUUGCCCAGAUGACAUCUCGCAAUGGCAUACGUUGGAGUUCGGCACGUUCGUUCCUACGACCAGCACGUAAUCGCAACAAUCUACACAUUCUGCUCAACACCACCGCCUCGAAGGUGCUCUUCAAGCCCGACAGUAAAACAGUUGUUGGCGUAGAAGUUAUGGAUCAAUAUGGCAGCUCACGUAAGAUAUUCGCUAAAAAGGAAGUGAUUGUCAGCGGUGGCGCCGUCAAUUCACCACAAAUACUACUGCUUAGCGGCAUCGGACCAUCUGAUGAGCUAACAAAGGUGAACGUACGCCCCAUACACAAUCUUCCCGGUGUUGGCAAGAACUUACAUAAUCACGUUGCCUACUUCACCAACUUCUUCAUCGACGACGCAGACACGGCACCACUAAAUUGGGCCACCGCUAUGGAAUAUUUACUCUUUCGGGAUGGUCUCAUGUCGGGCACCGGCAUUGGAGAUGUCACCGCAAAAAUCCAUACGCGCUACGCGGAUGUACCGAAUGUGCCCGAUGUGCAACUGUACUUCGGCGGCUACUGGGCCAGUUGUUCGCGUACUGGUCAAGUGGGCGAACUGCUCUCCAACAAUAUGCGCGCCGUACAGAUAUUCCCCGCAGUGUUGCAUCCCAAAUCACGUGGUUCCAUUACGCUUGCCUCCAACGAUCCGCUGGCACCACCGCGUAUCAUCGCCAAUUAUCUUACCGAGGAUCGCGAUGUGAAAACGCUCAUUGAAGGUAUAAAAUUCGCAAUUCAACUGUCACAGACAGCACCGCUCAAGCAGUACGGUAUGCGGCUGGACAAGACACCGACAAAGGGCUGCGAAUCGUUAACUUUCGGCACGGAUGCGUACUGGGAAUGCACAGUACGACGCGACACUGACCCGGAAAAUCAUCAAGCCGGUUCCUGUAAAAUGGGUCCUGCGAGCGAUCCGUUGGCCGUGGUGGAUCAUGAGCUGCGCGUACAUGGCGUGCGGGGCUUGCGUGUCAUGGAUACGUCCAUUAUGCCACAGGUAACAUCUGGAAACACACAUGCGCCUGCGGUUAUGAUCGCCGAGAAGGGUGUGUACAUGGUGAAGCGUGCAUGGGGCGCCAAAGUUUGACGGCUGGACGCAACGUGGACGCUGCAUAGAGUAAUUUAAAAAAGAAAGCAAAAAAAAAAUGCAAACAUUUUAAAACAAAUUCAAGAAAAAU